AUGGCGCAUAUUUUGAAGUCUUUCUCCAGUCUAUCGGAUGACAGCGAGGAGGCCAGAGCCAGGUACCUCUACAGGCAGUGGGUGGGACUCGGUUUGACGGAUGUCCGUCUUUCCAAUCACACUGUUCUGCUUAGCCUGCCCGGUUCUACACCCAACACCAUCACUGACAGGUCUAGUCACCAGUGUUUCCUGCCAAACGGCAUCCCGUGCGACCAGCGUGGACCCAGUGACCUCCCGAAACAGCGCUUCUCCUACGCAGCCUACUCCACUGUUGGAAGUCUGCAGGGGGAGGUGGUGGAUGUCCAGUAUGGCAGUGUGGAUGACCUGAGGAGAGCCAAAGACCGCCUGAACCUCACCAACCAGAUUGCCAUGGUCAAGCUUGGCCAAGCGCCUUUGCUAUACAAGCUAUCCCUACUGUCUGAACUGGGUUUUGGAGGUGUUCUGCUUUACAUUGACCCAUGCGACGCUCCCUCUGGCCGACGCACCUGGCAUCAAGCCUUCAGAGUCACUCUCAACCCCGGAGGAAACCCUGCCAUUGCUGAGGUGUCAAGAGAGGCGGUAGGAAGUCUGACAUCUCUGUUGGUUCAGCCUAUCUCUGCCUUCCUGGCAAAGACGUUACUGUCCUCUCCAUCCACAGGGCAGGGAGACUCCUGCAUUCCUCUCGCCAUGCCUCCCAAUGCAGAACGCAAGAAGAUCACUCUGACUGUUGGAAACCAGCAGUCCUCCAAAAAAAUCUACAACGUUGUGGGAUACCUGAAGGGAAGGCGGAACCCAGAUCGCUACGUGCUGGUUGGCAGUCGUCAUGACAGCGACCAGGGAGGAGGGGCUUCAGCUAUUAUGAAUCAGCUCAUCGCUGCACUGACAGAGCAGACCAAGCGAGGAUGGGUGCCCGACCGUACUACUGUGUUUUGCUCGUGGGGAGGCUCAGCCCUGGGGAACAUCGGGUCCUAUGAGUGGGGAAAGGAUAACAGUGUAGUCCUAAAGAACAGUGCAGUGGCCUACGUCAGUCUGAACUCUCCAGUUAGAGGGACAGAGACUCUCAGAGCUACAGCUUCUCCAACACUGCUGCAGCUCACUUCAGAUAUACAGAGAAGACAGUUGCUGAGCUGCAUUCGCGGUGGAAACUGCCCCGGACCCAACGUCAGCUCGCUGCAGUUGCCUGGAGAUGUGAACUUCUUCGCCAACCAACUUGCUGUGCCCACUAUGGAGUUCGCCUUCGAGCAGACCAAAGCAGAAGAGGCCACCAGUUUCCUGUCAGAGGCCCAGUUUUCUGCUGAGUUACCAGAGACUCUGGAUCCACUUUUCAAGUUCCAUGAGACCAUUGCUAAGAUGACAGCAGAAGCCAUUCUUCGCCUGGUCAACGAUCCUGUGCUGCCAUUCUACCCUCUGGACAUUGCCCUGGAUGUUCAAAACAAACUCAAAGAGAGGAGCAUGGUAUCUCAGCCCCUGCUGUCCUCCGCCUCCUCCCUGCGAGAGCAUGCAGCUUUCUUCCAGUCAGAAACCAUGCGACCGGCAAAUGACCCGAAAGAGCGCGACCCCUCCCAUGUGCGGAUGCUGAAUGAUGUACUCCGUGACCUAGAGAAGAGCUUUAUCAUCCCGCAGGCGCCGCCUGGAGUGUACAGGAACCUGUUAUACAGCCUUCCAGGGAAGACUCCUCAGUUUUCUAUCCUCAGGUUCUCACAGGAAGCCGCCCUGCAUUGCAACGUCACCAGCAAAGCAGUCAAACGCAGCUCUGCAGAGAAGGAAGUAAUUUGCCACAGCACCAUGACCCAGUCUCUGUCUCUCAUCCUCAGGGCCAUCCGGUCUGCUGAGAGGCUGGUGUGCUUUGGCUUGGACUUGUUUGAAAAUUACCCAAAUGAUAGAAUAUGA